ACAAUCAUUAUGUUAGAUAAUAUUUUAUUAUAUGCAUUACAGUUUUAUUUUAUUAGUAGAACUGCAUUUUUAUAAUUAAUUAUUUUACAAUAAAUUUUUGUUAAAUUUAAAUAUUAGAGAUUGGCCUGUAUAUUUGGAUUAUAAAGUAAUGCAAAUUAUACGUUAUAUGUGACUAUUUUUAUUAUUGAUAAACAAUUUCAUUGUGUACAUACCUAUAAGUUUAUAUGUAUUUCGUGCACUAACAUGGAUACGAAUUCGGAAAAAGUGCCAUGUGUAAAAUUAAAUUCUGAAGAAUUGAAAACAAGUUUGGUUGCUGAAAUUCACCAAAAUACCAAAGCUCCAAAAUUGGAAAAACUCUCUCGGGAAAAUCAACAGGCUCAGGAGAAAAUAUUUUUGCUUGAGGAUUCAACUUUACAAAAACUACCAGACUACGCCGAAACUUUACUGAAUAUUUUUAUGCAAUCAAAACAACGAAGCGAAAUUGAGUUGCUUAUUGCUUUAAUAUAUUGUAUUGCCUUGGAAUCUGGUUUUGCUGUUGAAAGCUGCUUAAACUCGAAUGAUAAUGAAAAUUUACAUCUAUCAUUUUUUUAUGGAUCAACAUAUAACAAAAUAUUUGCAGAAACUUAUUCAUCACAUUUUCCUGAUAUAUUGCCCGAUAAAAUUAAUCAGAAUUUCUAUAAAUUCACUUUACUUCUUGCUAAUUAUCCUCAAUACAAAUGCGUUUUCGUAGCUAUUCGUACUGGCGAAUAUUUGGUUGUUACAUUGACAAAUUGUCACAGUCCUGGCUAUAGCUGGUGUUUAUCAGUCCCAAGAUAUGUUUUGACAAGAACUUCAAAUAAUUUUCAAAGAUUGUUUCGGAAUUUGCAAGAACUAUCAAUGCUAAUGAAAAAUCACUUAUUUGGACCUGUCAGAAAUCUUAUUUUAGCACAAUCGAAUAAUUUAUUUCCAGGGCUAACAGGCUUACCAGUUGAACUGUGUUGUGUAAUUUUGCGAAAUUUGAAUAAUACAGAUUUACAAAGUUUAUCUAAAACAUGUUGGAAAUUGAGAUGCAUAUGUGUGGAUUAUUACGUAUUAAAAGAUAAACCUUUGAUUAAACCAUAUGGAUCAAAGUAUCCUCAAACAUUAGAUAAUUCGUCGUCAGCUAUACUUAGACACUGUGUUUAAAAAUUAAAAAUGCAAUAGCAUUUCAAUAGUUCGACUACAAUUGAAACUUUAAAUUGAUGAAAUUUAAGAUUCAAGUAAUCAGAAAUGUGUCGCAAAAUAUCAAUUUGCAUCAUUUACUUUUUCUGUUUAAAAAAUUUUAAUAAAGUUUUACAGUUUUAAUAUCAAUUUUCGUCACGAA